CGUGCGUGCGCUAAAACUGAAUAUCCAAGAGUGGUACAAAGCAAGCAUGACUGACCUGAAAGGAAAGGUACCGGAGCGCAAGCAAGCCGCGAAUGAAUUCGACGACGCGCGCUCCAGCGGCGACUCGAGCUUUGAUGAGGCGGACGAUCAAGACUGGGCCGACUGGGUUGACGACGAUGAGCAAGGGCAGCAACAGCCGCUGCAGCCAGGGCUGUCGUACAGCGGGAAUGACAAAUCUGGGAUAAGUGCUGGCUCGCAAGUUGGCUUCAAAGUGCCUACGCUGGCGCUCUUCCCCGAAGGCGGAAACAAUAAGUUGCAGACUCUAGGUGAUGCAAUGGCGGCACUUGCUCACGCUGCCUCAUUGGGCUGCGAUCUAGUGGAAGUUGUGCACAGACUACAACUCGAUGCGAUAGCCACCAUCAGGUUGCUGAACCACCUGCGUAGGCAUCCCGGCUCACUCACCCCGGUACAAGUUGCUGCUCUUCAAGGCUCUGAACCCUUUUUGAGCGAUGAUGCAGAGCUGAAACCUGUUCCAGGUGCGGAGAACGAUGGCCUGCUGCAGAUCGACUUCGACGAGCUCAUCGAAGAGCGCAUUGCGACGGGCGGUAGUUUCGGUACGGACGCGAAAUCAGGGGUUAGCCGGCCGGCUGGUGUGAGAGCUUCUGAGGGCUCCGCUGCGCUGCGCAAACGCGUUGAGGACCUCGAGCAACAGCUUGUGGCUACGCAGAUGGCUUAUGCAGAACUCCAGGAGAGGUCGCUGGCACAGCUUGGGGUUGACGAAACGCACGCCAGUGAAGGGUGCUCGACAUUAGCUGGUCAAAGGAUAACUCCUUUGGUAGCUACGGGGGCAGCUCUACCGCGGGAUGAUGACACACACUAUUUUGAAUCAUACGCUUCGAACGACAUUCAUCAAACAAUGAUUAGCGACACGGCACGCACUCUCUCGUACGCACGCUUCAUCCUCUCGCCAGCCAAUGCGCACCUCUUCCGCGGCAAGCGGGUCAUGGACGUCGGCUGCGGCUCGGGUAUUCUCAGUCUCUUUGCUGCGAGGGCUGGCGCGGACCUCGUCGUUGCGAUCGAUGCGAGCGACGUCGCGACGCGAGCCACUCAGAACGUGCGCGAGAACGGGUUCGACAAGGUCAUCAAGGUCGUGCGUGGAAAGGUGGAAGAUCUCAAGGAGGAACUCAAACCAUACGAGGGCAAAAUUGAUGUCAUCAUCAGCGAAUGGAUGGGAUACUUCUUGCUUUACGAGUCCAUGCUUCCCUCUGUCCUUCACGCUCGUGAUCUCUACCUGCGGCGCACCACGACGCCAGAGAAUCCGUUUCCUGGCCUCCUGGCCCCAUCACACUGUCGGAUGACACUUGCAGCCGUGUCGGAUGUCGAGCUGCUGCAUGAGCGUGUGCACUUCUGGAACGACGUACACGGUUUCAAGAUGACAGCCAUGACGAAGGGGCUGUUCGAUGAGGCGUACACGGAGUGCUUGAAGCCGGAGGCGGUUGUCACGGAUAUCGCCGACAUUUACGACCUCCCGCUCUGCGUCUUGCCGCCCAAGCAACCGACGUUCCGCUCGCCAUUCCGACUGACGAGCAAGCGCUGCGCUGCGAUCCACGGCUUUGUCAGCUGGUUCGACACGUGGUUCAUGACCUCGCCUGCACCGUACCGCGUCGAUUCGGAGACGAAUGUGCCGGUCCAGCUACAAGGCGGCGAAAGGCUCGGGGAUCUGCCGCCGUGCACGACCGAUGUGAUCACGGUGGAGGACGUACCGGCGCUCAAACUGAAGGGCAGCGAUUUGGCGCCUUCCCCUGCGUCCGACUCGACCGAGGCCAAGGGCGAGGUCGUCUCGUUCACAACCGGACCCUACGGAAAGGACACACAUUGGAAGCAGACGGUGUUCCUGCUCAAAGAGCCUAUCGACGCAGAAGAAGGAUCGGUUAUCUCGGGUGAGAUCAUUGUUACGCAGUCCGAAAGCAACUCGCGGGAGCUCGAAGUCGAGCUGCACUACAUGCUUGAGGAUGCAGUGUCGGUGGUAACCACAUCAACAACAACAACAUCAGAAGCGGCUGCAACGCCGGUUGGCAAAGGCGUCAAGAUGGUCCAAGCGAAGAUGGUGCAGCUGUUUAAAGUCAGGUAGAAAUGCCGUAUACCGUGGGGGACCGCAUCACAGUGCUGCACAAGCAGGCAUCCGAGAAAGCUCAUAGCAACUGAAAUGCACGCUUUGGCUUGAUUCGAUCAACGGAUCCUUUAGAAUACACUAUGUUUUGCUGCGUGU